AUGAAUGAAUCCACGCGUUUAUAUGGAUUCACAAAUACGGAAAAUAUGGCAAGAUUAAGGAACUGUUUACGCGGUGAGGCUAGAGAAGUAGUAUCGGCUCUGCUGUUUACCGCGAAGGAUCCAGCAGACAUUAUGCGGACACUGGAGCAGUGUUUCGGCCGCCCGGAAGUAAUUAUAGAUCGUGCGUUAGAGGAAUUGAAACGCCUUCCGCGCCCGGGUCAAACCGCCCAGGAAUUAAACUCGUUCGCAAUUAAGUUACAAAAUAUAGUGUGCAUUAUGCAAAACGUCGACGGCAAGGGUUAUUUGCGUAAUCCAAUGCUGACUAGGGAGGUUACUAGCAAACUUAGCCCUCACUUACGGUCGCGUUGGUGCGAUUACGCGGAGCACUACGGAAGUGUGGACGAACCGGACAUCGUUACGUUGUCCCGGUUCAUGAUGAGAGAGGCUGACCGAAAGGAGGCGCUUUAUGACAUACAAAUGGAAACUCCAAAGUUUUUAGGUCCUGAUUUACCUGAUGAACCAAUUUCAGAAGUUAAAAUUAUGAAUAUACCUACACCACGUUUUCUCUGUAGCCCUAAAGGUACACAAGCUACACCAUCUUUCACCAACGGAGAGGUAACUGUUCAACAUUCUGAUGUUGAACAGUUACCUCUCCGUUGGUCAGAUGAUGGUUCUCAAGAUGGAAAGUCGAAGGAAAAUCUUUUAAAAUUAGAAUCCGUGAACGAUAGUGAUGAUAUAUCAAAAACAAAAGAGUACAUUGAAACAUCUGUGACGAAAUAUUGCGAAGGCAGCUUGCAUAUUGAGUUAAUUAAAUGUGGUUUUGAUGCUGAAACAGCAAAAAUCAUUGAACGAGAUUUGUUUGAUUCACCUCGCCAAAAUCAAGAAACAGACUUAUACAUUGAAACAUCUGUGACCAAAGAUUGCGAAGACAGCUUGUAA